AUGGAGCAAUGGAGAUUGUUGCUUUUCUUGUUUGUUGCUUUUGUCGGCUUUUUCGGGGAGGUAGAUGCAAAACCUCGGCGGAUUCUUUUCGAUACUGAUGUUAAUUCGGAUGAUAUCUAUGCCCUUAUUUAUUUUCUGAAGCAGAAUCGAUCAGAAAUUGAAAUUGAGGCAAUUAGUAUUAGCGCAAAUGCAUUCAGUAAUGCCGGACAUGCAGUUAAUCACAUAUAUGACGUUCUGCACAUGAUGGGUCGUGACGAUAUUUCUGUUGGAGUUGGAGGCGAAGGCGGUAUAUUACCAAAUGGUACUAUACUCGCCAAUGUCGGAGGUUAUCUCCCUUUAAUAGAACAGGACAUGUCAACAACAGGUAAUUGUAGAUAUCGGCAAGCUAUAUAUCGAGGUGAAGGUGGUUUGCUAAGUGUCGACACGAAUUACGGCUUAAGAAGAAAAUUCCUUCCAAUGGGAGACCGACAUUACAUACCUCUUCGCCAGCCUACAGCACAAAACGUGAUGAUCAAUGCAAUAUCUGCCGGACCGAUAACUGUGUUUCUCAGUGGAUCACAUACUAAUUUGGCCAUUUUUCUCAUGACUCAUCCACAUUUGAAGCAAAACAUUGAGCAUAUAUAUGUGAUGGGAGGUGGUGUUCGAUCAAAAAGCCCCUUUGGAUGCUGUCCAGAGCAUUCUGCCACUUCUUGUCAGCCUAGUCAGUUUUGCGGUGAUACGGGCAAUCUAUAUACUGGUCAAGCUAGUAAUCCAUAUGCCGAAUUCAACAUAUUCACUGAUCCAUUUGCCGCUUAUCAGGUGUUUCAUUCUGGUAUUCCGUUGACUCUUGUUCCAUUGGAUGCAACAAACACAAUACCAAUAAAUAAGGACUUCUUCACAGCAUUUCAACAACAUCGAAGCACCUACGAAGCAGAAUACUGUUUCCAGAUGCUGAACAUUAUCCGCGAUACUUGGUUUGAUGACUCUUUUUAUGAGAGUUACUUCAUGUGGGACUCAUUUGCUGCUGGUGUCGCUGUAUCAAGCAUGAAAAAUCAACAUUGUGAAGAUGAGAAUGAAUUUGCUGAAAUGGAGUAUAUGAACUUAACAGUAGUUACUUCGAACAAACCUCAUGGUUUGUAUGAUGGUUCAAAUCCAUUUUUUGACAGUCGUGCUACGCCUAAAUUUGGAUUGCAGAAAAAUGGUGUGCAUAGUGGUCAUGUGCAGACUGAACUUCAUGAUCCAUUUUGCCGUGUUGAUGGAAUAGAGAAAGGAAUUUGUCAGGAUGGAUAUACUAAAGAAGAGGAUGGAGCAGGUGUGCGAGUUCUUGUUGCAACUAAAGCAAAGCUGAAUCCUGACAAACAAAGCAUCCUUGAUCGAAAAUUCUACAUUAGUUUUUUGAAUGCUUUAAACCAACCUCAACAAUCUGCACAGUUUAAUCGUACAUCCCAACUUCCUUACCAUCAGGAAAUUCUCCGCAAACCAAGUUAUAAACACAAAGUUUUCGGCAAACCUGUUGUGUUUGACAUGGAUAUGAGUGUAGGAGAUCUAGUUGCUCUUAUCUACCUUCUAAAAGUACCGGUAGAAGAAAUAAACAUCAAGGGAAUUUUAGUCAAUGGUAAUGGAUGGGCAAAUGCAGCAACAAUAGACAUUGUCUAUGAUGUUCUGCACAUGAUGGGCCGGGAUGAUAUUCCAGUCGGUCUUGGAAGUUUUACCGCACUAGGAACACCGUUUCUCAAUUGUAAGUAUGUCAACGCUAUCCCUCAUGGCUCAGGAGGACUCAUUGACUCUGAUACACUCUUCGGUCUUGCUCACAAUUUACAACAAAGUCCUAGAAGGUAUCGUCAUUUUGUAUCUGCAACAAAAUUUUCAUUUCAUGCAUUAGCAUGCAAUUUUCCCAAAUGUCAUUACUUGGAUUCAGGUACACUGUUGAAAAUGAUAGACAACCAUCUGCCAUGGAAGUUUGGCAGAUGAUUUCAAGAUCAAUUGAUCAAAAUAAUACCAUAAAUAUACUCACAAAUGGGCCAUUGACAAACAUAGCGAACAUAAUUCUUACCGAUGAGAAUGCGAGUUCAAUUAUUCAGGUCAGUUAUGUUCCUUAUUUGAGUAAACACUGCACAAUGUGCAAAGAUUAUAUAAUCAUUUCACAUGCAGAGAAUAUAUAUAGUCGGUGGGCAUAUUAGUGAGGAUCAGGAGAAGGGAAAUGUCUUCACCAACCCUUCAAAUGAGUGUGCAGAAUUCAAUAUGUUUCUUGAUCCCUUAGCCGCAAAGACAGUAGUAGAAUCUGAGCUCGAUGUCACAUUAAUCCCUCUUGAUGCUCAGCGCAAAGUGACUUCUUUUGGUUUGGUCUUAAAACACUUGCAGCAGAAACUGAAGACAUCCGAAUCAGUGUUUGUGCAUCAUCUGCUCUCAAGAUUGCAUAAUUUACAGAAAAGACAUAAAGCAUACAAUCAUAUGGUAAGUGAUAAGACAUUAAACACUCAAAGUUCAAAAGAUUCAACAAUCAAACAUUGUUGUGAGCUCUCUGGUUUUUCUGUUUAACAGGAUAUAUUUUUGGGAGAAAUCCUUGGCGCUGUGUUCAUGGUUGCUAGUGAUCAUCUAAAUCCAAUAAUCAAAGCCAAGCCAGUGAAUGUCCUCGCAGGUAAUAUCAACACAGAUGGACAAAUAGUUGUCAAUGAAGGACAGGGGAAAAUAAUUAAUGCAUUGGAAAGUUUGGAUUCUGAAGCAUACUACAAUAAUUUCGCAAAAUUACUCGGGGAGAAAAAACAAUCUGCCGUAAUCAGUAGCUUUGCUGAACAAAAGAGAAUGUGGAGGAUGCCACCUAAUGCUUCCUAAUAUGUACUUUCAUCAGUUUAAGUCUCACGAAAAUUAAAAACAUCCACCUUGG